UACGAUCUGGUAACGCUGGUGGACAGCGGCGGCGCCAAGGGCGUGUCUGGGUGGGCGCUGGCUCACCUAAAAAUAGUCUGGUUCGCCCUUUGGCCCAUCCUAAGAAGACUGUAGAAAAUUUUAGUAUAAUUAUGCUGUCCUAUUCUGUCCAAGUUUUCAGGCUUAUCAUGACACACCCAUAUAAACGCUGGCCCAUCUAUAGCCCACCCGCAUGAAUCGUUCUGGCGCCGCCUAUGGCAGUAGAUUUCGGGACGCAGCCGUAGAUAAUAGUCGUUAAGCAGUUUCUGCUGAACGCGGCCACUGACACCCAGGAUAGUAGCAGCAGCAUCGAGUGUCAACGUGGUAAACAGUGGUUCAUAACAUCCGUUCAUAACGGUUAUCACGAAUGAAUGCCGUAUACCGAAAAACAUAUCGACGAAAAAUUAAUAGAUGCAUUGAGAGCUUGGAAAGUGGGUACACAACAUGCAGGGAGAGCUCAAGGUCACUCUGAUCCUCUUUUGCGCCAUUCUGUUGAGAUGCUGCGUUACUUUCCACCCUCACAGUGGAGAAGGCAAGCCACCGAUGUACGGGGAUUAUGAGGCGCAGCGGCACUGGCAAGAGAUCGCACUGAAUCUGCCCGUGAACCAAUGGUACAUCAAUACCACCGAUAAUGACCUGCAGUACUGGGGAUUAGAUUAUCCGCCGUUGACGGCAUACCACAGCCUACUCUUAGGUCACAUUGCGAAUACCAUCGACCCCUCCUUUGUGAGACUGCAUGAAUCCAGGGGAAUUGAGACUGUGACGCAUAAGCAUUUUAUGAGACUGACAGUCUUGAUCGCAGAUGUUUUGACUUUCAUACCAGCAGUUGCUUACUUUGUGAUGAAGCUGUGCUUAUGCGAGUGUUCUCAAAUAAAAAAGUUGAAUAUAUGUGGCAAGUCAAAACUAAGGUAUUUCCUCCUCAUGACGGCGCUGAUAUAUCCAGGACUGAUAAUGAUAGACCACGGGCACUUUCAGUACAACUGCGUGUCGUUGGGUCUCUUCAUUGCCGCUGUAGCCGCUAUAACUCGUGACUGGUUCGCACUCAGCUCAGUCUUGUUUGUUUUGGCGUUGAACUACAAGCAAAUGGAAUUGUACCACGCUCUGCCGUUUUUCUUCUACACGCUCGGUAGCUAUAAAGGAAGGUCUUGGAAUUCUCACAGUCUAAUGAAACUGAUGGGUGUUUCGUUCACGGUACUGGCAACGUUCUACAUCAUCUGGAUGCCAUUUCUACAAAGUAGAGAUCUACUUGUCAACGUGGUGCUCAGAUUAUUCCCAUUCGCCAGGGGUGUAUUCGAGGACAAGGUCGCUAACGUUUGGUGCGCGAUCAAUGUCGUGUACAAGUUGCGCAAGACCUUCACGAACACGACUUUAGCCAAAAUCUGCCUGGUGGUGACGACGUGCGGAGUCGCGCCGAGCUGUGUGCAUUUAUAUCGCUCGCCUGGGAGAAACGCGUUUGUAGUUUCGUUGAUCAAUUCCGCGCUGGCAUUCUUCCUAUUCUCGUUCCAAGUUCACGAAAAGUCGAUUCUCCUGGCCGCGGUGCCAGUCCUGCUGCACUUCCAUAAUGAUCCGCUUCCUUGUUUCUGGUUCUUGGUCAUCUCGUGUUUUAGUAUGUUGCCGUUGCUCAUUAAAGACGGACUAUACUUGGUAUACAUCCUUACCAUGGCUAUUUAUUUCAUAACUAUUUCUUGGAUGUGGCCUGGCAUGUUUCAUGACGAUAAAGCAAAUGACCGCUCGAGCAGACGCGAAUCUUCUAAUUCGAAGCGGAGACUCCUGGCGCGAAAGAAGGAACAUGGAUUUUCCUCGUACUUGGGUUACAACAAGAAGACUUGCUUCCUCGUUACAUUUUACCUAUCCCUCUCGGGAGUGUUGCUUCUCUCUGUCGCCAGCAAGUACGUGAAGCCACCCGAGAGGUAUCCCGAUCUGUUUCCGCUUUUGGUAUCGGUGUACUCGUGCGGUCAUUUUCUCCUCUUCUUUGUGUAUUUCAAUUAUGCCCAAUUCACCGCGUCAAGGGGGAACUGCGGAAAGUGUGUGAAGUAUGAAUAGAAAGGCUGUGCCAUGCGUUAACACAUUGAAGUGUUGAGGAUGAAGAAUAAUUAAAAUAGAAUUAAAGAAAGCCAUUGUAAAUAAAACAAGAAUGUGUACGAAACAAUACGUGUCGCCUGCUAUUUUAUAACGUUACAAAAAACGUAUCAUGCCCUACAGCACGUUAUCGAAAGCCUAUUUUUACCACCGUUGUAUACGCAGAUAGACAUGUU